AGUGUCUUCACAGACUUCACUUUCGUACAUCCAGCUCCGAAACAACAUGGAUGGUAGACCAACAUUGAUCUGGCUGCUCAUUAUUUCCUUGCACGGCUUGGGAUGGGUUUCAGGUCCCUUCCAUGGAAUCCAGCCUGGUCGGCGAGAGCUCACGGCCAGGGAAGGUAGGCAUUCAGUACUUUUGUACAAUUUAGCACCAUCAUGGCAAAUGAGGUAACUUUAACUCCCAAGUUCUAUUAUUGCGUGCACCUCAUUUAUGGUUUUUGAAGCACAUUAAAAUUAGGGGUGGCAAAAUCUAUGACUAGUCAGUUUUUUUGAAAUUCUGUAGAUUCUAUUAUGAAUGAUCAGUUUGAAACUUAAUUUGUAGGUUUCAUUAGCAUCGAUUGUGGAAUAGCUCCAGGCUCCCAUUACAUGGACGACAAGUUCCAGAUACUUUACGUUUCAGAUGAAGAUUUUAUAGAUACUGGAAUCAAUUAUAAUGUCUCCGAGGAAUACAUUGACGAUGAUCCACUGAAACAGUUCAUGAAUAUUAGAAGCUUCCCGGAAGGAAACAAAAAUUGUUACACCCUACGACCAGAAGGAGGCAAUAAGUAUUUGAUCAGAGCUCGGUUCAGGUAUGGGAAUUAUGAUUCCAAGAAUAAACUUCCGCCGUGCUGAUGAAUGGGUCAUAGUGGAUAUAAAAGAUGCAUCUGAUUAUAUCAAAGUAGAAAUCAUACAUGUCCCAACAACAGAUGACAUAUACGUUUGUCUAGUAAACAUUGGUUCUGGGACACCUAUCAUAUCCACAUUAGAGCUCAGACCCCUCAAUAAUUCCAUUUACGAUAAAUCCGAACCGGGUCGCUGCUACUCUUCAACGGGUGGGAUUUUAGUGUCACAUACGGUGGUUACGGUACAUACAGGGCGGAUGAUGUUUUCGACCGCAUUUGGAACAUAUUGGCCUGGUCGGAUGAAUGGGAUACCCGCAAAGCACCAUAUGAAAGUUCUUCCCUUAGUUACAGUGAGUAUAAACUUCCAAUGUCGGUCAUGAUGGAUGCUGUCAUACCCGUAGAUAUAAGUGAGCCCUGGAUCUUCUCUCUGGAUCUUGAUGAUGAUCCUUCACAAAAUUUAUACAUAUACAUGCACUUUGCCGAGGUUCAGGAACUUGGAGAAGGCGAUAUUAGAGAAUUUACUGUCUCAUUAAAUGAGGACGAUUCAUGGGGUGGUGGCGAGCCAGUGAUUCCCAAUUACAUGGUUCCGAACACCUUACAUCACCCCUUAUCAAUGCAAUGGAAGUUUACAAAAUAAAAGAUUUCCCACAGUCAUCAACUAAACAAGGGGAUGGUAUCUUCUUUUCUUAUCCAUAUAUAUCUCCAUAUAAUUUAGUUAUUCGCGAGCAGGGCUUAAAGAUGAUCCAGCUUUUCCCUUGUUUGUUUCCUUGGAAUUAAAUACUAGUUCUCGCUGUCAAGAACAUCCGGUCAGCUUACCGACUGACAAGACACUGGCAAGGAGAUCCAUGUCUCCCCUUGGAUUUCCCAUGGGAUGGCCUGCAGUGCAGUUACAGCAGUGACUCCCCCACUUGAUAGAGAUAUACUAUUAACCAUGCAUAAGCGUGAAUUUAAUAGAAUGUUAUUAUGAUGUCAUUCUAUAAACAAUUAUUUCUUUGUAUUUAAUUGGAGAUUUGCAUUAGAUAAAUUAAUCUUUCAGCAUAAUUUAAUAAUAAUUGUGUUAAUAUAUUUUAUAUAUAACU